GAUGAUAUCGACUUUAUCCCCCCUACUCCGCCUGUCAAGAACAUCCUCGGUGGCGCUGGCAGCUAUUCCGCCCUAGGAGCUCGCCUAUUUUCUCCGCCACCGUUGUCUACUUCAGUUGGCUGGAUCAUUGAUCAAGGCUCCGACUUCCCUCCGUCACUGUCGACCAUUAUUGACAGCUGGACCACUUCUGCCAUCUUUCGUCAUGAUGGCCUUCGACUCACGACUCGUGGAUGGAACGGUUAUGAGGGCGCCGCCGAAAAGCGUGCCUUCAAGUAUCUGACUCCAAAGAAGCGGCUGACCGCUCAGGACCUCACAUCAGCGUUGCUCCAGUCGCGCUCGUUUCACCUCAUCUGCUCCCCCAACCGAUGCCGGGAGCUUGUGUCUGAAAUAACAUCACUCCGCAAAAAUGUUGUUCCCCCAGAGACAUACACGAAGCCCAUCUUCAUCUGGGAGCCGGUCCCUGACCUGUGCACUCCGGAUGAGCUGUUGAAUUGCACCAAUUGCUUGCCCCUUGUCGACGUUUGCAGUCCUAACCACGCCGAGCUGGCUGGCUUCAUGGGUGACGACGGCCUGGACCCGGAGACGGGGGAGAUAUCCACUGUAGCAGUGGAACGUGCAUGCGAACAACUACUGGCGAGUAUGCCUUUGCAGUCAUUCUCGCUGGUUGUUCGCGCGGGCGACAAGGGCUGCUACAUCGCAAAGAACGGCGGAAGGAAGCGUCAGCGAGAUCCCAAGUCAAAGACAAAACGACGGAAGAAGGAUUAUGUGAGAGGAGGCUUGCGGCCAGAUACCGACAUGGAAGCCCUCUUUGCUGGCUUGCUCCAGGAUGAAGAUGGUAUCGUCGCCCGCGAGGAGAUCGAGGUCGAUCCCGGUAUCGAGAAAUGGAUACCCGCCUACCACAGAGACCCGUCUAACGUUGUUGACCCUACGGGCGGCGGAAACACCUUCCUUGGUGGCCUGGGUGUUGCCCUUGCACGAGGCGAGAGUCUGGAGGAUGCUGUGAUUUGGGGUGCUGUGGCCGCAAGCUUCGCCAUCGAACAGGUUGGCGUUCCCACAUUGGGUAGGGAUGCGGACGGGCGUGAGGCAUGGAAUGGGCACAAUGUUGAGGCUCGGUUAAAGGAGUUCCGCCAGCGUUUGUGA